GCUGGAGGAUGAAAUGAAAUUGAAAAUCCCAAACGCAGAACACGACACAAACUUCUCAAUCUCAUCUCACCCUUUCGACGCAAUUAACGUUCAAUUUUUUUCAUUCGAAUUCUGUUGAUUCCGACAUCAUGAGUUUCAUCUUCGGAAAUAAGAAAACGCCCGCAGAACUUUUGCGGGAAAAUAAGAGAAUGCUGGACAAAUCAAUUAGAGAAAUAGACCGAGAGAGACAAGGUUUGCAGUCACAGGAGAAGAAACUGAUUUUGGAGAUAAAGAAAAGUGCCAAACAAGGCCAGAUGGGAGCUGUUAGAGUGAUGGCAAAAGAUCUUGUUAGAACAAAGCAUCAGAUUGAAAAGUUUUAUAAGCUCAAAUCACAGCUCCAGGGUGUAUCCCUCAGAAUUCAAACUUUGAAAUCAACACAAGCAAUGGGUGAGGCAAUGAAAGGUGUGACUAAGGCAAUGGGACAGAUGAAUAGGCAGAUCAACUUGCCAUCUUUGCAUAAAAUCUUGCAAGAAUUUGAGAGACAGAAUGAGAGGAUGGAAUUGAUUUCAGAGGUGAUGGGAGAUGCAAUAGAUGAUGCUUUGGAAGGGGAUGAGGAAGAAGAAGAAACAGAAGAAUUAGUGAAUCAGGUUCUUGAUGAGAUUGGAAUUGACAUAAAUCAAGAGCUUUUGAAUGCACCAUCAACGGCUGUUGCUGCCCCAGCUGCAAAGACUAAGGUGCCUCAAGUUGAAACUAGUGGGAAUGAUGAUGCCGGGAUAGAUAGUGAUUUACAGGCAAGGUUAGACAAUUUACGAAAAAUGUAAUCUUCAUUCAGAUGCAGGGACUCCAGCUAACAGUUUUACUGAGAAAACAAGAGCUCAUUUGUAACAUGCAGUGUAAGUAACGAGCUAUUAAAUUCAUGAUUAUAAGAAAAUUGGAUUUUUAUUAAAA